AUUGCUAAACAACGGCGCUGACAACUCCCUGACUUCCCCCCUCGCUUCUCUUUCUCUUUCUCUCUCAUCAAACCAAAAUCAAAAUCCCCCCCUAUAAUUCUUAUACAGCCUCCCCUUUGUUUUUACCUCUUUUUCUUCCGUCUUAAAAUGUAUCUCCUCCAUGUCUCCUUUUGUCUGAAAAUUCCUCUAAAACCCGGUUCAUUUUUCUAAAACCCGGUUCAUUUUUCUAAAACCCGGUUCAUUUUCUUUAAACCCGGUUCGAACAUGAUUCACCCCUUACAAUUGCUGAUAUGGCACCGGUUCACUACCCUUCUUUCCUUCUUCUUUCUCACCUAUUUCUCUCAACUUCUCCUUUAAAAUUUUUUUUUUUUCUAAAUUUUUAUAUAUUAAUAAUGGCGGCUUAAUGGGUAAGCUAUAUUACAAAUAUAUAGUCCUACUUGUAUACUAUAUAAGAAGAUAGAGAAAGAUCCAUUGAAGAAUAUCAACAAAAUCAUAAUUUUUACAAGGUUAAAUGAAGGUUGAACUUGAACCCUACAUAUGGUCAUUCUCACAAUAGGUUUUAUUUUGUCUAAUCUGUGAAAUUGCUGUCAGAUAAUUUAUGGAUUGAGUGAUCUGUGUGUUGUUUGAGGGGGUACAAUGUGGAGGUCAUUGGCUGCUGGGCUGUUGAUUUUUGCUCUAUUUAUAUCGGCUUCGGCCACGGAAGAUGGAUACCCAAGGUGUAAUUGUGAGGAUGAGGGGUUGUGGAGUGUUGAGAGCAUUUUAGAAUGUCAAAGGGUGAGUGAUUUCUUGAUUGCUGUGGCGUAUUUUUCGAUCCCGAUUGAACUGCUUUACUUUGUUAGUUGCUCAAAUGUUCCUUUCAAAUGGGUUCUCUUUCAAUUUAUAGCCUUCAUAGUUCUUUGUGGGAUGACCCAUUUGCUGAAUGGUUGGACUUAUGGGCCUCACGGGUUCCAACUAGCGGUGGCGCUCACGACAUUUAAGUUUUUAACUGCACUCGUCUCUUGUGCUACGGCCAUCACUCUUAUCACUCUCAUCCCUUUGCUCCUUAAAGUGAAGGUGAGAGAAUUCAUGUUGAAGAAGAAAACUUGGGAUUUGGGCAGGGAGGUGGGGAUGAUUAAGAAACAAAGUGAAGCUGGAUGGCAUGUUAGGAUGCUUACUCAUGAGAUAAGGAAGUCUUUAGAUAGGCAUACGAUCUUGCAUACGACAAUGGUUGAGCUUUCAAAGACCUUGGAUUUGCAGACUUGUGCUGUUUGGAUGCCAAAUGAGAACAGGACAGAGGUGAUAUUGACUCAUGGGUUAAAAGGUAGAAACUUUCAGAGUUUUAGCAACUGCAGAGUGCCUUAUGCUGAUCCUGAUGUCAGGAAAGUUAAGGAGAGUAAUGAGGUGGAGAUACUAAGACCAGAUUCAGCUCUUGGCAUUGCGAGUAGUGGAGGAUUGGAAAAUCAUGGUGCUGUGGCUGCAAUACGUAUGCCAAUGCUUAAGGUCUCAAAUUUCAAAGGAGGAACCCCUGAGUUGAUGCAGGCUUGCUAUGCAAUAUUAGUCUUGGUUCUUCCAAGUCAGCAAGAGAGAUCCUGGACCAACCAGGAGCUUGAAAUAAUCAAGGUGGUUGCUGAUCAAGUUGCUGUGGCUAUAUCCCAUGCUGCUGUCCUAGAGGAAUCUCAGCUGAUGAGAGAUCAAUUGGCUGAACAGAAUCGUGCACUGCAGCAAGCGCAGAGAAAUGCAUUAAUGGCAAGUCAAGCAAGGAACUCAUUUCAGAGAGUGAUGAGCCAUGGGAUGAGAAAGCCGAUGCACUCAGUCCUCGGGCUGCUUUCAGUACUAAAAGACGAGAUUUUGAGCAGCGAACAAAAAUUAAUUGUUGAUACAAUGAUGAAGACAGGCAAUGUCCUGUCUCUUUUGAUUAAUGAUGUGAUGGACGAUUCACCAAAAGAGAGUGGAAGAUUCCCAUCAGAAAUCAGAUCCUUUGGACUCCAUGCCUUGGUAACUGAAGCUGGUUGCUUUGCUAAGUGUUUGUGUGCUCAAAAUGGUCUUGGCUUUAAUAUUGAGGUUGAUAGGUCCUUGCCUGAUCAUGUAUUGGGUGAUGAAAAAAGGGUAUUUCAGGUGAUCUUGCAUAUGGUGGGUAACUUGGUGGAGAACAACAGUGGUAGUGGAUCUUUAGUUUUUCGGGUCUAUUCUCAACACGGAAGUCAGGGGAGAAAUGAUCAAAGAUGGGCAACAUGGCGAUCAGGCUCUUCUGAUGGAUAUGUUUAUAUCCGGUUUGAAGUUGAGACUACCAAUAAUUCUAUCUUCUCAGAUGAUGCAGUGUUGCCUUCAAACUACAAUGGUCCAAGAUGCAGCAAUGAGAUUGUGGACAGGGAUCUAAGCUUCAGCGUUUGCCAGAAACUAGUCCAGCUGAUGCAAGGAAAUAUCUGGGUAGUCCCAAAUCCUCAGGGGUUUCCUCAAAGCAUGGCAGUAGUUCUACGUUUCCAGCUACGACCAUCCAUCGGUAUUACAAUCUCCGAAUCAGGAGAAACAUCAUCCGGUAACUCCAAUCUUCCUCUUAAAGGCCUUCAAAUAUUGUUAGCCGAUGAUGAUGACAUUAACAGGGCCGUGACCAAGAAGCUGUGUGAAAAGUUGGGUUGUUCUGUUUCCGCUGUUUCAUCGGGAUUUGAGUGUCUUACUGCCCUCGGCGCUUCAAGCUCAGCUUACCAAAUUGUCCUCCUAGAACUUCAUAUGCGUGAGCUUGAUGGAUUCGAAGUUGCAACACGCAUAUGUAAGCUCAGGAGCAGAAGUCAUAGCUGGCCGCUAAUCAUUGCCUUAACGGCCACUGAUGAUGACAAAUUCUGGGAGAGGUUUAAGCAGGUUGGGAUAAUUGGGGUUAUCAGAAAACCUGUUCUUUUACAGGAGAUCGUUGAAGAGGUUCGAAGAGUCCUGAUACAGACAAAUAAAGCGAUCUCGUGAUUCUUUUUUCUUCUUUAGAAUUGUUUUCCUGAUUUGCAUUUAAACGGAGUACAUGAAAUUGAGCUCCUAGAUUUAUCUUAUACACAGGUUAACCAAUAUAGGUAGGGGAAAGUAUCUUUUGUUUAAGGUAAAAAAGCAUAAACAAUAUGUAAAAGAAAUAAAAGGUACUACAUUGUAUUUUUUUUGGGGGUGGGGGGGGGGGGGGGGAGAGGUGGCAAUAUUAGAGGAUUUUGCAGAUUUAGGAGACGCUGUAAAGUGUAAAUCUACAUUGAAACACAUAAGAUGGAGAAAGUGCAAUUAUAAAUUGCUGUCGGAGUUUCAGUAUAAUUCUUGAUGAAUGAAUGAACGAGGCUCGUAUUAGUUUCUCU